ACUUACCCAAAACUAGUCACCAUCAGUUCCAAGAAUGAUUAGGCAGUAACUAUAAAUAAGCACGCUCCGAUUUAGUAUCUACCAUUCAAAAAAGACGAAGAAACAUGAAGCUCAACUAACUGCUAUUGUGAAGGCUGAUGGAUGACGAAGAAGAAAUUGCCGUAGUUGGUAUAGGCUGUAGGUUUCCAGGAGCAGACAACGCCGAGGAAUUUUGGCGCGUGCUCGUAAAUGGUGAAAACCAUGUCAAAGAGAUACCAAAGGACAGAUGGAACAACGAAGCCUUCUACAAUAAAGAUAAAGAUGCCGUUGGGAAGAGUUAUGUUACAAAGGCAGGUCUUCUUAAGGAUCAUGAUAUGUGGGACAACAAGCUAUUUGGAGUAAGUGAUGUUGAAGCUGCAAAAAUCGACCCGCAGCAAAGAUAUGUUCUUGAAUGUGUCCACAUGGCUAUGGAGGAUGGGGGCUUCACAAGAACCAAGAUGAGCGGGACACAGACUGGUGUUUAUAUAGGUUGCAUGAACGACGAUUACAAGAUAUUAAGCUCACAGGACCCACCAGGCACCACAAACUACAGCGCAACUGGUAUGUCCACCACAGUAAUAUCUGCCAGAGUGUCUUACGUGUUCAACCUUCACGGGCCUUGUUUAACCGUAGAUACGGCCUGCUCCUCUGCAAUGAUGGCUAUUCACCUUGGAUGCCAGGCUAUAAGAUCAGGUGAUUGCGCUCAGGCCAUUUGCGGUGGAGUUAGCAGCAUCAUGUAUCCAGACAUGUUUAUAGCAUUAAGUAAAGCCAGAAUGAUGUCAGCUGUUGGCCAGUGCCAGACCUUCUGCAAUACAGCCGACGGAUAUGCCAGAGGAGAAGGGUGCGGUGUGGUUAUUCUCAAACCACUUAAACAGGCAAUACACGACCAUGACAAGGUAUGGGGAGUCAUAGUAACAGGCACAAACCAAGACGGUAGAGCAUCACAACCCAUUACUGCGCCAUCAGGAAGCCAGCAGCAUGCUUUAUUUAAGCACGUUUACACCAAAUACGACAUCGAUCCAUCAACUGUGCAGUACAUAGAGGCUCACGGAACUGGAACACCCAUCGGAGACCCUACGGAGACAAAUGCAUUGGGAUCGUUCUUUUCAGAAUGUCGAAGUCAAAAAGCAAAUCCACUAUUAAUAGGAUCAGUUAAAACGAAUAUUGGCCACACUGAAUCCGCUGCAGGGGUAGCUGGUCUUAUCAAAGUACUCCUAAUGAUGAAGGAAGGGCAAUUUGUUCCAUCGCUUCAUCUUCAACGCGAUAAAGGGAAUAUCAACAAGGGAAUAGAACUUGAGAAGCUCAACAUUGACAUUCCCGUUGAUGUGUCAGAAUGGAAAGCAAACGAAAUGGGGCAACGAGUUGCUUGCGUUAAUUCGUUUGGGUUUGGAGGCUCGAAUUGUCAUGCUGUUGUGAAGAGUUCUGAGAUGCAUGGAAGUAAUUGUUCUACAGCAGACACCACUCCACUAUUAUUCGGUAUAUCCGGAAUUGACAGGAAAUCACUUGAAAUGAAUUUAGAAGUAUUUAUCAAAAACAUUUCUGAAAGAAAAGUUGACCUCAAAGAUGUCUCAUACACUUCUCUAAUACGGAGAGACCAUUUCCUACAUCGCACAAUUGUUGCAGGCUCAACAAUCGAGGAAAUUAAAAAAGAUGCACAUCGCAAGAUAACAAUGCCCCCACAACGCAAACAUACAAAUAUUAAUAUUGUGUUUGUCUUAUGUGGCGUUGGAACGACAUGGACUGGCAUGGGAUGCCAAUUUAUGACAAACUUGAAAUUCAGAAAAACAGUUCAAGAAAUCGAUGAGUUUCUACAACCUCUCGCGGACCUACGACUUUCCGACCUGUUUAGCAGCAAGGAAACGCAAUACGACGAUCCAUUUCUCAAUCACGUUGCAAUUUUUGCUGUUCAGGUUGCUCUUGCAAAUGUAUGGAUAGACUUUGGAGUAGAACCAGACGUCAUUAUUGGCCAGUCCGUUGGAGAAGUCGCAGCGGCUCAUAUUUCUGGGCGCAUUGAAUUGGAAGAAGCUGUACGAGUCAUAGUUCAUCGAUCUAAGAUACUAGCCAAACAUCAAAAUGGAUCAAUGAUGGUGGUCAAAGGAGUAGAUAUGAAUGAUUUAGAGACGAUUUGCACACACCACAUCAAUACCAGUAUUGCUGUUUACAGUAGUCCCGUUGGUUGCACAUUGUCGGGCGACAGUUUAGAAAUAGAAGUCAUUAAGACACGUUUAGAGAAAUACAAGGCUACAGAAACAAACAGAAACAUUUUGAUUAGAAAGCUUGGCGUUGCAACUGCAUAUCACAGCCCUUUGGUUGAAUCUUGCAGAGAAGAAAUCAUCGAAACGAUUGGUAAAAUACAACACAGACAAAAACUCAAAUAUAACAUCAUUUCGACCGUGACGGCAGAAGUUGCUUCGGAUACAGAUUUCACAACAGGCGAGUACUGGGCCAAGAAUGUCCGACAACCUGUUUUGUUUUAUCAGAGUGUAAAACGAGCUGCAUCAAAUACAAAACAUAACAUCUUUCUUGAAAUUGGACCAAAGCCGGUGCUCAAAGCUCAUCUUGCAGAUAUUUUCGAGGAAGGAUCGUUUAAUUGUCAACAGUCAAUGAACUUCAACAAAGAAUUCUCAUGCAUGUUUGACUCGUUGUCGAAUCUUUUCCAGACUGGGGUUGAACUAAAUUGGAUGAAUUUGUUUUCUGGAUGGAGAAGCCCAAUCUCUAUACCGAAAUACAACUUUCAAAAAUCAAAAACAUUGCAUGUGUCUGAAAAAAUGAAACAGUAUGUUGAAGGUAUAAAAUCCGACGGAAAUACUUCACAUAUGUUCAUGACAUCAAUGUUAAACGGAACAGAAACAAAAUUUGAAGCUCAUCUUUCAAAUUCAAGGACACCAUUUGUCUUUGAACAUCGCAUGUCAGGUACAAUUUUGGUACCUGGGGCAACAUACAUCGAUGCUGCACUUUUCGUUGGAAUGAAUGUUCUGGGAAAAAGUGCAUUUAGUUUGUCAGUUUCAGUUGACUUUGUCAACCCUGUAACAUUACAACCAAACGAUGAAUCUAUUCUUGACAUUUCAACAAGUAUAGAAAAAGGGUCAAUUGUCCAUUUCCGGUGCCGAAACAAAAUGGGGGUUGUUGUUGCAAAGGGAAAAGUAUUUCCUAGAGAGACGAAGGGAACGAAACAAGUACAGCUUCAAUCCCUCUUCAACAAAUGCCAAAAAGUGAAGGACAAAAGUUCAGUUUAUCAAGCGCUGAGAGGUUUGCAGUUUGAAUAUGGCCCCUCACUUGCUUUGAUUGAAAAAUCAUGGUGCUCUGCUACUGAAUGUAUUUCUGAAAUUUUCAUCCCAGCCAAUAUUGCAAGAGAAGUACAAAAGACCAUUAUUCAUCCUGCAAUUGUUGAUGCAAUGUUUCAGACUUUUGCAAAUUUUAUCAAUGAAAACCUUGAUAUUGCUUUGCCAAAGGGCAGUGAAAGAAUCACCUUGUUUGGGCCAAUCGAUCCAGAAGAGACAACGUUAUACGUGUACGUGAAGUUAGUAAGUCAAACUUACAACGAGUAUCACUUCAAUCUAGUCUUAGUCAAUCCUGGAGGAUCUGUUUUACUAGAGAUUCUAGACUUUUACACACGCACACUAGAGGAAAGCACCAAAUACAAACACACCUACAUUGUCGGAAAGACGUCUCUUGACGUUUCUAGAACUACAGAACAAAGAGGAGGCAUGUUUUAUUCCACAAAGCCGCUGGAUAAUAAAACAUGGUUUUCAAAGUUUGUUGAAACUCAAGGAAUUCUUUGCAUAGAAGAAACUGAAAGCACUAUCGAACAGCAAAGCAAUCUUAAACCAUCAGCAGCUCUUUUUUACGCCAACCAGCCGCUUGUUGCGCAAGACAAUCUCUCAUCUUCUGCUGCUAGAGGAUUCUUUAGAUUCCGAGAGUUUCUUGGUUGGUGUCAGAAGAACGAACUGCAAUGCCCUAUAUACGUCAUCACAGAUAACACUCAAGACCAUUUCUACAAAACUCAAACUUGUGUGAAUGUAGAAGGCAGCCACAUGUGGGGAUUGGUACGUGCCUUACGCCACGAAAAAGUUCAUUUGGAUCUCCGCUUAGUUGAUGUCGAUGAAAACGAUUUGGAUUUAGACACGUUGAUUACCGUGUUUAGGUCAAGGGAUAGUGCAAACGCAGAACUGAUUGUAUCUGGAACCUCUGUGUACCAUAUCAGCAUUUCCCGUGUUCACCUUAACAACAUAGGCAGAACAAGAGAAAUAUCAAAGGACUUGGAAUCAAGUGCAUGUUUUCUAUCGAAAUCACUUGAACAUGUCAAAGAACCAUUUCUAGCUGAUACAAAGCUCCGGGAUGCACCAGCACAGGAUAUUAAUGCAUCAAGGGUUGCGAUAACAUCAAUGUGCCUUCAUCCUUUGACGACAUUUUUCCAAACGAUUGGAAUAGAUAUUCACGAAAUUUGGCCUGACAUAAUUUUUCAAAGCCACAAUGUUAUAGCCUUAGAAGGAAAAGGGCUCUUGAAAGAAACCGAUUCCCAUGAUAUCGAGAUAGGUUUCUUAUACCCUGUUCCAGUUCAAUAUCCAAUUGUUCACAUACCGAAAGAAUGUACUUGGCCUUUGUCAAAAUAUUCCCCGACACCUGGUGUUUUACUUCAUGCCAUCCUGCUAGAAAAGAUUAUCCAAAACAUCCAAGACGGAUCCCACGUCCUUUUGUUUGGAAAUUCAACUAUGAAUGGGCAAUGUGUUAAAGACGUUUUUGUUCAAAUGAGUGCAACGAAAUCAUGUGAAAUCGAAUUUGUUGAUAUAAAGAGCGUCGAACAUAUUCAAAGCAGUAAGGUUGGUAAAACUAUUGUUCCUCUCGUACGAUUUUCAUCAAUUGACAUCGACAAAGUCAUUAACAAAUGCAAAAACAAAACAAGCAUCGUGGCUUUAUCAGGAAAUGUAUCCGUCAAUCUCCAGGCGUAUAUUCGGAUGACUUAUCCAACAGUGGCCCUUGUUGUAGUUUCUCCAGCAGACAUUUUCGUUGCGCAAGGAUUGCGUAAAUGUGUUCAAUCCACAUUGCAAAACAUUUCAAGAAACGGUUUGGAAUCCAAUACAGACAUAGCCAAUAUGUUUGAAACGUCCGUUGUACAAACACUUGAUAUACAACAAGACGCAAACAUAUCCCACAAAGUCGAAAUGACAGGUCUGUUUCGAAAGUGCGGUUGUUACAUUGUAGUUGGAGGGUUGACCGGCCUUGGCCGUGUUCUGGUGAAAUAUAUUGCAGAAUCAGGAGCCGGUCAUAUUGCAAUAUUUUCUAGGAGCCCGCCAAGUGAUGAACAAAAGCAGUACUUCAAAGACUUAGAAACAGGGUGUUCUUGUACAAUACAUACACUACAAGUUGAUGUUACCGAUUUAGAGUCACUGUACCUGGCUAGAAAAUCAGUAUGUGACGCAUUAAACGGUGUCCCAAUACGUGGUAUUUUUCAAGGUGCUGGUGUUCUGGUCGAUGCAAUUUAUGAAGAUCAGACAGAAGAAACGCUUGUGAAAGUUCUCAAGCCAAAACUUGAUGGAACGUGGAAUUUACACGUAUCUUUUAAGGACUUGCCUCUGGAUUACUUCGUAAUGCAUUCGUCAGUGACAUCCUUGUUGGGAAACCCUGGACAAACAAACUAUGCAGCAGCCAAUAGCUUUCUUGACAGUAUGGCACUUUAUAGACGAUCACAAGGAAUGAGCGGCCAGUCGAUAAAUUGGGGCGCAUUGGCAGUAGGGAUGGCGGUAGAAGACGAAAAGGUUGCCAAUAAAUUGCAAAACCUAGGAAUAGGAAUUCUAUCCGAACAAAAAACAAAGGAAUAUUUUACGGAUGCGCUUCUGUGCAAUGAGACAAACAUCUGUUUUGCUGACCUUAAAUGGGAAGUUCUAUCACAUUCCAGUGCAGUUAAAAAUGAAAAGGUCAAGUUCAGUGGACUUCUCAAAACCGGUGUGACCGAUGCUGUAAAACUCCACAACCAAGAGGAGAAACACAGUUUGCAUCAGAUAAAAAGUCUGACUUUACGUGGAAAAAGGUCUGCAGUUCGAAAAAUCAUAUUGUCAAUCAUUAGUGAGCAGUUUGUUAGCGAUACUACAAAACUUGAAGAUGAUCAAACAUUUUUUGACCUAGGAGUUGACUCCUUGUCUGCAACAGGGUUUCUAAAUAGCUUACGAACGAUUUUCAGUGUUCAAUAUCCUGUAGUCAAAAUAAUGUCAGGCUCAACUACAAUACGGGAUGUUGUAGACUUUUGCUGCGAGCGAUUGGUGGUUUCGGAAACACAAGAAAACCACUUCACGGAAAACUAUUCAGAAGAGUCAAACGGAAAACCUGCAGUCACUCAGAUUCCCGAAUUAAUGAGUUAUCGCCAUUUUAAGUACGACCCUGGCCUCACGUACAUGACUGAUAUCGAAAUUAGAGGAAUGGCAUUGACAACUGAAAAUUUCAAGAACUGUAUUGCACAUUUAUUGUCUCGUUUCCGUGAACUACGAUGCCAUAUAAAGCAAGAAGGCGACGAUAAUUUUGUUGUAGUCGAAGAUGACACCGUUGCUGCACUCAACAGAAUUCCGUUGGAAAGCGUUCCUUUCAACCAAAUGCUUGACAAAUUCACAGAAGCUCGUGAUCAGAGAGACACUAUAACAUUUGAUUUAGACACUCAGUAUCCAAUAAAAUUUCAGAUUGGCCAAACAAGCAGCUGCACACUCGUUCGUCUAAGUGUUCACAAGGUUGUGUCUGAUAUGACGUCAAUUUCGUUGAUUUUCAAGGAAAUGAAAACAUAUUUAGACUCACUACAGCAAAACAAGUCCAUAAAUGCACACUUCAGCGAAAUUCACCCGAGGAAAGCCAUUAACGAAACAGUUCGUGUCAAAAGAAAAGCAUGUCUAAAUUACUGGAAACAAAGGAUAGAAUUUGUCACUCCAUGUUCCCUUACUAAGGAGGUGAGUGAACCGCAGGCCAAGUUUUUCAGAUCCACAUCAAAAACAAUAGGUCCGAAUAGUUACAAUGAAAUUUUAGCUUUUUUGAGUGAUUCGGAUGUCACAUUGUUUCAGCUAUUUGCUUCAGUAUACCAGUUAUUGCUAGCUGUUGAAACGGGACAACCAACUGCGACAAUACUUACAGAUAUCGAUCUACGGGCAGAAAUACCGGCAAUAGCAAAUGAGGUAGUCAGAGGGAUAAAUGUUAUACCUCUAUCAGCUCAACCCUCCAACGAUAUGACGUUUAGUGAGUUUCUUGAAGAAAACAAAAAACAAAUGAUAGCAGACAUAGAGCAUGGACAGUUGCCGUAUAUAGAUAUAGUAAAUUUUCUACAGCCGGAAAAUAAGGCCAGUUUCGGUCGCCAUUAUCUCAUUAUGAAUGACAUGAUCAAGUUUGACAUGCUCGCAAGUGGAACGCCUGACCACCCAUACACGGUAUCGAUUAAGAACAUUUGGCUUGCAAAGUUAAGUAAGGAAACCAUUUGUCAGGUGGUGUACAAUAAAACUAAACAAAGCAUCACCAUUCACUUCUACUACAAUGAACGUAUAUGUGGAGUAGAAAGAGGAAGACAUUUGGGGGAAAAGCUUUUUCAGAUAUUGCAUCAUGGAAUAAGGAAUAGACAUCAAACAAUAGGAACUGUUUUUCACAAAACAGAUUGUUUCCAUGGCCCAAAACAAUUGAAACAGCCUGACAUUGCAAAUGAAAGUCAUUCCUCUCCGGCUGAGGAAAUCCAGCUAUCAUCACCAAGCAAAUACAGACCUCGAACACAUCUGAACGUCCAACCGAUGGAAAUUAUCAAUGGUUAUUUUCAAAAGCAAACAAAAGCUGGUUGGAGUCACCGUGUCUAUGUCACUUUACUGGAGCAUCAAGACAACGACAAUGACGCUAAAUGGAUAACGAUUCAGUGGAGCAAAAAACCUGGAAGGUCAACGAAAUCGCUUUCAGUGUCGACGUGUGAUUCUAUCUCCAUGUUGAACCUGAACCGUCAACACUCGAUAGUUGUGCAGGCACGCGAGAGGCAACUUGUCAUAUGCACCCCGGAACACGAGGUUGCGCAACGGUGGAUGACAUUGCUUGAGAACUGCGCAAAAAGACCAACUAGACUUUAAUUGGAUGGCUCCCCAAGCAAAGGUUGAUAAACAUUGUUGGCAAAUAAGUCCGAAGAGAACACGUCGAUAUUUCGUGAUGUAACAAAGAACUGUUUGUUCAUGAUUCUUUGUUAUGAAUGAUUUGACUUGACACUUACUAUGGCUCGUGAAGUACAGUGUUUUGGCUAUUUCUGAUAUAGUUCUUUAAUUAUAAUCAAGCCAAUAUAUUGCAAAAUGUGUUAACUAUGUACUCAGUGAUGUUGACUGUGUAUACAGUCAGGCCUUUCGAACGGUCGUACGACGAGGUAUUGCAAGACUAAUAUUUUCAGAGUUGAAAGUUUUAGACGGAAUAUUUAAGAUAUUUGUUUCAAAAUAAAUAUAGUCAAUACUCAGUUCGAGUAAGUGAUCGUACGAUAAGUUCUUUGAUUACCAUAUUUUCAGAGCCAAUCAGAUGCUAGAUAAAUUUUACAAAGGCUAGAAUGUCAAAGAUGUGAACGCUUGAAACCAGGUUCAAUUGAAACAUGUUUAGUCUCCUGUAUAUAUGUAUCCUUUGUCAAAAUAGUAUGGUAAAAUCGAAAACUUGAACAUGUCCUAUGCUUAUAUUUUUUAAACUUUACUUAAAGACUCGUAUUUGUACAAAUAAUUUACAAACGUUUCCAUGUGUUUUGUAUAUAUAGUGCACUAAUUCUGUUUUUCUGAAAUCAUGCAUUUGUAAAUAGCCGACAAAUUCUAAUACAGCUGUAGCCAAUUGUAUACAACUGGUUAAUUAUUUUGUUUGGUCAAAUUUAGCCAAAAUGUUUAUUGACUGACCAUUGUUUUCCAAUAAUAACUAUAAACCAAUCAUUAAAUCAUUUAAAUUUUCCAAUUGGCCAAAAGACAACCUGCGGACGACAUAUCAAGGUUUAAUACAAUUGGUUGCGGUAGAACUUUUUCCAACACAUAAGUAUGUGAGUAUUGCAUUAUAUAUUUGACUAGUCGCUAGUUGUCAAACAAUCAGAUUAUAUUGUAAAUAAAUAGUAGCACAUGGUUGCAUUAGCUAAUGCACUGACUCGAAAUAAUUGGUUUUGCGAAUGGCCAGUUGACUGAAAUUCAGUAUAUGCUACAAGUUGAUAUCGUGAUCAUUCUGUGAUUAACUGGCAUGCAACAGCUCCGUAUGUCUGUUAUACACCAUCUCUUCUUACAGUAACAACAAUAAUAAGUGAACUGUACUUUUUUGUCGGUUGUGGCAGGUUAAAACAAAAAAAUGAAGAUAAUCCAUAUUUUUUGUAAAAACCUCUCAUAUAAUAUUAUCACGUAAAUUUUUGGUGAGCUGUCCAUUUACAAGAAGAAUGUGCUUGAUAUGGUUUUAUGUUAUUGAUUGUGCUUACGUAUUGUUUUUCUAUAUUCAUAUUAUUUAAGAAUAUUGCUAAGAAUAUUUUACUACGAAGUUACCACUUCGAUAUGGAUCUUAUUAAUAUGUUAAUUAUUAUUGUAAAUACAUUUGUACUUCAGAUUGUCUACACAUUUAUUGUUACUAUGUUCAAAUGACACUUUCUUUUUGUAGUCAUGUUAAAGCUGCGCUCUCACAGAUUGAACGUUUUGACAACUUUUUUUGUCCUGGAACGAGCCAAUUUUUGCGAAAAUCCAUGGAAACCAGUUAUAUAAGAAUGAUGACAAAAAAUAAUAUCGCAGACUUUUAUUUUUAAGUUUAAAAAUUGAUGUGUUUUGCAUUUUUCCUAAAUCUUUUGUAAAGGUUUAAACCAUAAAACAUUUAUUUUCGAACGGAAAUAUAAAAAUCUAUGAUCUGAUUUUUUGUCAGCAAUCUUAGAUCACAGUUUUGCAGAUAUUUACGCAAAAAUUUGCUCUUUCUAAGACAAAAAAUAAAAAAGUUGUAAAAAUGGUAUAUCUGUGAGAGUGCAGCUUUAAAAUGUGUGCUAUACUGGUGACUAUUACUUUCUUAUGUUUUGGUGUUGAUAAUGGUUGCACAACUUGGGUGUUAUGACAUCAUGCUAUCAAAACACUUUAAUAUAGAAGAUGGUCUUACAACCUUUUAUUGUUAAAACUUAAAUGCCAUGCGUUUAACUGAUGUGGUUGUCUGUACAUGCCAGAUUAACAUCAUUAACACCAUUUAUUCUAUAGUGUAUUUGUUAUUACUUUCAUAUAGUUUGUUUAUGUCUUUAAGUUCUUAAUAAUUUAACAUAAUUACAUUCAUAAAAUAAAAUAUCGUAAACUUC